AUGAAGAUCAAAGGGGCAUUGUUGGGGGUGGUCGCGGCGGCGACCGAAGAGCUCAGUCAUUCAUUCAAGGAAAUCGCCAGACAAACUCAAACGGCAUCAAAAGUCAUUGGGACGGCGACGUCUGAAGCAGAAGGUGCAAACGCAAAAUUUCAAGAACUUGCACAGGUGGCAGACAAGGUCGGCGGGAUCAUUGAGAUGAUCCAGGACAUUACCAACCAGACCAGCCUGCUUGCGCUGAAUGCGACCAUCGAGGCCGCACCGGCCGGGGAGGCGGGUAAGGGCUUCGCCGUUGUGGCUUCUGAAGUGAAGACUCUUGCAACGCAGACCGCCAAAGCGACGGAGGAGAUUUCAACGCAAAUUCAGGCGAUCCAAUCUUCGACGUCUGAAAGUGUUGAAUCGAUUGCAGCCAUCACAAAGAUCGUCACAGAAUUGGAAACCGUCUCCAAUGAAAUUUCCACCAGCGUGACUGAGCAAAAGGCGGCAACAAAUGAAAUUGCUCAAAGUGUUGGUGCUGCAUCUCAAAGUACGCAAAGCGUCUCCGAAAAUGUAUCAGCUGUUCGUGAUGCUGCCGGUGAAACAGGUAUUGCUGCAGAUCGUGUGUUGAAUACAUCGCGUGGACUGUCCACAGAUGCGGAAACCCUUGAUGGAGCGGUUUCGAGGAUCCUCGCGGGUGGGCGAUCAGCUUGA